UCAUUUCUUUACUGUUUUUAAACACGAAACCCCGCAACUCUAACUGCAAGUCUGUAACUGUUCCUUUCGGAUCAAAUCAAACGUUUUCCGAAACCCUAAUUCGGCAACCAGCGAACAGAUAAAUAUUCGUACACACGUAGAAAAUCAAAAUCUCCUCAAUGGAGGAUUCGGAGGGAGGUCUCAGCUUCGACUUCGAGGGCGGCCUCGACACCGUUCCCGCCGCCGCCUCCUCCGCCACCUCGGGGCCCCAUGUAAUAAACUCCGAUACUGCCUUCGGAGGAUCAGCCGCCAACGCGGCCACCGCCGGCCCCGGGGCUGCCGUUGCAGUUGCUGACCCCGCCGCGGGGGGUAAUCAUCCUGCGGGGCGGCGGGGCUUCCGGCAGACGGUGUGCCGGCACUGGCUCCGCAGCCUCUGCAUGAAGGGCGACGCCUGUGGCUUCCUCCACCAGUACGACAAGUCGCGGAUGCCCAUCUGCCGCUUCUUCCGGCUCUACGGCGAGUGCCGGGAGCAGGACUGCGUGUACAAGCAUAGCAAUGAAGAUAUCAAGGAGUGUAACAUGUACAAGUUGGGUUUUUGUCCAAAUGGUCCUGACUGUCGGUACAGGCAUGCAAAACUGCCCGGGCCUCCACCUCCUGUGGAAGAAGUCCUUCAGAAGAUUCAGCAAUUAAAUUCUUACAACUACAACUCUUCGAACAGAUUUUUUCAACAACGGAAUGGUGGUUUCCCUCAACAAGCAGAAAAACCUCAAUUUACUCAAGGUCCCAACACCACCAAUCAAGGAGGGAUUGGGAAAACUUCAACGAAUGAGUCUGCUAUUGUCCAGCAGCAGCAACAGUCUCAGCAGCAGGUCAGCCAGAAUCAGACACAAAAUAUUCCAAAUGGCCUGCCUAAUCAGACGAGCAGAGGUGCUCUACCUUUGCCCCAAGGAAUAUCUAGGUAUUUUAUUGUUAAAAGUUGCAACCGUGAAAAUUUGGAAUUAUCUGUACAGCAAGGAGUAUGGGCAACUCAAAGGAGCAAUGAGGCUAAACUGAAUGAAGCUUUUGACUCUGCUGAGAAUGUGAUUUUGAUUUUCUCUGUCAACCGGACUCGGCAUUUCCAGGGUUGUGCAAAGAUGACAUCCAAGAUUGGUGGUUCUGUCGGUGGGGGCAAUUGGAAAUAUGCACAUGGAACUGCACAUUAUGGGCGGAAUUUCUCUGUCAAAUGGUUAAAGUUAUGCGAAUUGUCCUUCCAAAAAACUCGCCAUCUACGGAAUCCAUUCAAUGAAAAUUUACCAGUAAAGAUAAGUAGAGACUGUCAAGAGCUAGAGCCUUCUGUUGGUGAGCAGUUGGCUUCCUUGCUUUAUAUUGAGCCGGAUAGUGAACUUAUGGCAAUUUCACUUGCAGCUGAGUCAAAACGAGAGGAGGAGAAAGCAAAGGGAGUUGAUCCAGAAAAUGGAGAGAAUCCAGACAUCGUCCCAUUUGAGGAUAAUGAAGAAGAGGAAGAGGAAGAAAGUGAAGAAGAGGAGGAUAGCUUCAGCCAGGUUCCUGGGGCAGCAACUCAGGGCAGAGGAAGAGGCAGGGGAAUCGUGUGGCCCCCUCACAUGCCUCUAGCACGUGGAACCAGACCUAUGCCUGGGACGCAGGGUUUUCCCCCUGUAAUGAUGGGUGCUGAUGGAUUAUCUUAUGGAACUAUUACACCUGAUGGGUUUCCUAUGCCAAACCUUUUCGGGGUUGGCCCCCGUGCUUUUUCGCCAUAUGGUCCUAGAUUUUCUGGUGAUUUUACAGGUCCAGCCUCUGGCAUGAUGUUUCGUGGGCGGCCUUCGCAACAUUUUCCAGCUGGUGGAUUUGGGAUGAUGAUGGGUCCAGGGCGUGCUCCCUUUAUGGGAGGGAUGGGGGUUGCAGGUACAAAUCCAGCUCGACCUGGUCGGCCAGUUGGUAUGCCCCAAAUGUUUCCACCACCCCCACUUCCAUCCUCUCAGAAUAUCAAUCGGAUUGUGAAGAGAGACCAGAGGGAUAAUGAUCGAAGUGACAGGUAUAGUGCAGGUUCAGAUCACAUCAAGGGUCAAGAGAUGCCUAGUCUGGGCGGACGACCAGAUGAUGAGGCACAGUAUCAUCAAGGAUUCAAGGCUCGCCGUGAAGAUCAACAUGGUGGUGGUAAUAACUUUAGAAAUGAUGACAGUGAAAGUGAGGAUGAGGCGCCUAGGCGAUCAAGGCAUGGGUAGGGAAGAAAGAAAUGGUGAGGCUCAGAAGGAGAUGCUACCACCGGCUCUCAUCACUUGACAGAUUCGACUAGCUGAGUCGCAUAACGAGUGACAUAACUGGGGAAGCCAUCUUUCUCAAGCUGACCGCUUUCUUGGAAACAAAAUAAGAGUAGGAAGUCUUCCAGAGUACUUUUGCUGUAUCUAACAAGUCCAGGGUGGUGAAAUGUCUUGUUUUCAAAAAUCUAUUCAAGUGUUCAAAUGUGUUGCUAGGACGUGUUGAGUUAAUAACGAAUCGAGAAGAGUGAGAUGAUUGGUUACGGGGACGUGUUAGUAAUAUAGGCUAACGUACUUUGUAAAUAAUCGUUACAAUAUUGUAUCCAAUAGUCUACUCUAUUGAUCUACAUCUUCUCCAUCUCCACCAUCAUUGAUGAGUGUCUGUAUUUCUCUUAUAAUAUAAUGUUGUUGGGUUACAGUA